CGACAAAUUAAAAACACGAAUGAAUAAAUAAAUUAGAAGGCAUUAGUCGCUGCAUGAGGUGACGGGAACAAGACACGUUACCGCAUCCACCAAGUGGCACUCAUCCCUCUCUCCCACCUUGCCAACGAAAUCUCAACGCCGUGGCUGCCAGCCAGCCUGCCACUCGGCCUAGCUUCCCCAGGUAGAAUCCUCCCCGUCAAUAACGAUUCAAACAAACAUUAAAGACCCACACCCACAACAUAUUUUUCUUCAGCAGCAAAAAAAAUAAAAGUUGAGAAAAUGAAUCGCGUAGAUGAUGAUACCAAAGAAACUGUUACGUUCAGAGCCGUAAGCGGAGACGAGGAGGGGCGAAAGCGUGUGGAGAAAGUGGAAGUAGACAGUCACAACGCGGACACGCUUAAGUACAAAGAAAAGAAACUGAUUGACAAGGGCGUGCAGAGACAAGACCGUCGUCCUAUUGAUGGGAUUCCGUUAGGCCGUCAGCAUAAGUCCGGUCACGGGGGAAAGUAUACGUGGGAGGGGCCCAGGGACACCGCGGAGAAUGAACUGGGUGCAGCUCCCCCUGCCAUAGAUGAAAACGAUCCAAACUAUGUGGAUGAAGAGGCGGAGGACAGGAUACUUAGGGGGGAGGUUAGUGGGGUCGCCGGAUUGGUGGUCGGAGAGUUGGAGCUCCCUAAACUCGCUGAAGAAGGUGUGGCUAGGAUUGAUGUUGAUCCUCAAUUGCAGACCAAUAUUUAGUUUUUUUUUUUUUCUGUUUUUUCAAUUGGAAUGAUUUAAUUUUGUAACUGGGGAGGUUUAGUUUGUAGGCAUGCAAACUUUGUGCUUUUCUUUUUAUUUUUAUUUUCUGGGUAACUUAAACUCAGUAGUGCUUUUCUGCCUUUUCUUGAGCAGCCCUGCUGUGUCGGUAGCGGUAACAUUUUUUGUGGCCGCUUUUUAGUUUUUUUUUUCCCCCCCAGUAAAAUCAGCGCUUCUGAGUUCAGUUCUCAAUAAGCACCAGUAUUAGUGUGCAACUGUAAUUGAAUGCUUGAUGGAAUAAAGAAACAUCUUUCCUGUUGAA